AGGCGGAAUACGAUGGUUUUCGAUGUGUUCAAAGAUGUGCUGCACACUCUAGAAGAUGUUCCUUAUCGUAAGCCUCAACGUCCGCUAUCAAACCUCGAAAGGAUCCAAGAAUGCUGCCGUUGUCUAGUGCUGACCGAUGCUCAACUCCACGAAAUGAUGGUAUCAUUGGAAAAAAGCAUGAAUGAAGGGUUAGCCAAAGAAACAGCUUCAAAAGCUGUUAUAAAAAUGCUUCCCUCUUAUGUUCGAGCCGUUCCGAAUGGUAAGGAAUUCGGCGACUUCUUGGCAUUAGAUCUUGGCGGAACGAAUUUUCGUGUGCUGCUGAUUCGUCUCAAAGGCAAAGAGGCCGAGAUGAUUGGAAAAAUCUUUCGAGUGCCGGAGAGUGUGAUGAGGGGUUCUGGAGAGGCGCUCUUCGAUCAUAUUGCUGAUUGCAUGGCGAAGUUUAUGGAAGAGCAAGGUGUUAGCAAUGCACAAAAACUACCGCUUGGAUUCACUUUCUCUUUCCCAUGUAAACAGGAAGGAUUGACCUGCGCAAAACUUAUCACCUGGACCAAAGGCUUCAACGCCAGCGGAGUAGAGGGCUCAGACGUUGUUUCCAUGCUUAGGGAUGCAUGCAAGAGAAGAGAGGACAUCGAUAUUGAUGUGGUCGCCGUCCUGAACGACACCGUUGGUACAUUAAUGGCAUGUGCGUUCAAAGAGAAUAGCUGUCAGGUUGGCAUAAUUGUUGGAACGGGAACGAAUGCUUGCUAUAUGGAAAAAUUAUCUCGAAUAGAGAAAUUAUGCGGUGAAUGUGAUAAUGAUGGUCUACCGGAUGAGAUGAUCAUCAAUACUGAAUGGGGAGCGUUCGGUGAUGAUGGUGCUUUGGAUUCGAUACGUACAGAUUUUGACAAAGCAGUUGAUGCAGGAAGUAUCAAUCCGGGAAAGCAGUUAUUCGAGAAGAUGAUCUCUGGAAUGUAUAUGGGUGAGCUGGUUCGGGUAGUCCUUGAGAGUUUGGCCAAAGAGGGAUUGCUAUUCAACGGUGACUGCGAUGCGAUCUCUCAACAUGGUUGUUUCCCAACGAAAUUUGUCUCUGAAAUUGAAAGUGAACUGCUUGAGCAAGAGGAACGAACAUUCCAGAGGACUUAUCAGAUCCUGGAAGAUAUUGGCAUCGAAAACGUGUCCGGUGCCGAUUGCGCAAAUGUGGCUUAUGUUUGCAGUUUGAUUAGUACGAGAGCAGCCUACAUGACAGCAGCGGGUAUCGCUAUGUUACUGAACCGUAUGAAACGUCCCUAUGUGACGGUAGGAGUUGAUGGUUCCGUCUACCGUUUCCACCCUACGUUCCCGCGUUUACUCGAUGAGAAAAUCGACCAAUUGAUAGAGGGUGAUAUUGAGUAUCAACUCAUGCUUUCCGAGGAUGGUAGCGGUCGAGGAGCAGCACUUGUAGCAGCGGUAGCAACACGCAUGAAAGAGGAGCGAAUGUGCAAAUAAAUGUGACCAUUGGGUCCUGACUGACCAAAAUCUGAGAAUAACGCUUUUACUCCUUGUCUGAUGAUUAUCAAUUGCUCGUGUAAUCUGACUUAAUGCAAUAACUCGUGUAAUAUUGUCUUUUAGGCAAUCAAAUUGUGCACAUACAAAACGUGUAGAUUAUAUUCUGAUACGUUGUCCAGAUGAUUUACAUCCAUGUUAGUAUGGGUGAUAGCUUGGAUACGUUGUUGAUGUGAUAAGACCCAUUACCAUGAUCAUUGAGAUACUAGCGAAUUUCACUCAAAGCUGUAGAUGUUAUGCAUAAAAUAAGAUUUAAUGAAUAAAAAAUGCGUU